AUGACCGACAGGGGAUCACACUUUGAUUGCAAAGAAGUAUUGACAUGGUGCCGACAAGAAAACAUCGAAAUCAUACGAACACCCGCACGGUCACCAUGGGUCAAUGGACUGAUCGAAGAUGCAAAUAAAAUACUAAUAGGACAACUGAAACAACUAUGUACUACGAGAUACAAGGAGGAUGAAGUUGACUUUGAUAUAGAUAAAACUCCAGCAAAAUGGCCACUACAAUUGACAACCGCAAUAGCUCAAAUGAACAGCAGAGUGCUGCCAUCGCUUGGAUUUAGCCCUAGAGAACUCCUAAUGGGUAUAGUUCUUACUGAUGCUGAAAGACCAAAGGCACCACAAGACGGAACAGCAACAGCCAAUAUAGAGUUGACGGAGAUUCAUAUGGCAUUUGUCGAUGGGUUCCGAGCCGAAGUAUUUUUGAAGACAUUGGAGCAUGCGGGGAAACGGAAAGCUAUUUUUGACAAAAAAGUUAAACUGGUAAUGUUUGAAGAAAGACAAUUAGUCCAAAUGUACAUUGGGAAAGAGGAUACUCACAAAGCUCCACCUGCUUACUGUAGAAUGACCGAUCAACCUUCAGGUCAACUUCGCACUGUUUUAGCAUUUAUCGAAACUGUUGAUCGCGGCGACAUCAGCGCUUGCUGUGACUUGCUUUCUGAUGAAUUCAUUUACGAUGCUCCAUCUGAGAGUCACGGUCCACUCGACAAAGAUGCGUACCGAAAAUUCAGUGAAAACACCAUCUCACCUCAUUUCUCUGCGCUGAAGACUACUGUGCUGGACGUGAUCGAGAGUCUUGGAAAGGUGUCCAUUCGCGCUGAAACCCUAAUACCAGCAACUGGAGAUGUGCAGAAGUUCGACGGUCAUUUCGAGUUGGUUGGAGACAAGAUCGUGUUGUUGCGAGUAUUGGUGGAAAAUACUGUCGAGUCACCUUUCCACAGGCCUGGGUGA